CCUAAGUUAGAUCGAUGGAUGUUUAAACUGCAGAAAUUUCUCAAAUGGUAUGGAGUCUCGACUAAAGUGCUCCAGACCCUCUCAGUUUGAAUUGCUGGCGGGAGACUAACCUCCACCAGUAUAAGCUAACUAAGGCAAUAAGAUUCAAAUUCCUCUACUCGGUUCUCCACCAGUACAGAGCAAUGAAUCGACUUCUCGACUAAAGUCAACGAUUCACUACCUCCAAUUCAAGAUGCUCUAUUGAGCUAUGCAGAGAUUAUCGUUCUAUGUCAAAGUAGGAAUCACUAGAAUUUGAUCAAGACUCAAGCAAUUCUGAAUCAAUACUUCAAUUGGAUAGAAAUCAUUCAAUCAUUCAUGGCAAAGGGUUCUUACAACUCUUCCUAACAUACUAUCUAGGAUUCUUACAUACCCAAGUGAUAGAGGGGAUUACUCCAUAGAGAGAGUGGAAAGUUAUGCCAGAUGUAGAAAUCAUCAUGUAGACGGAAGAAAUUUGCUCCGAGUCGUUAACCGUCACUCCUCGAGGCUUGAAUCAAGCUCCAAUGGUGGGGAGACUUGAUCUAGGGCGCUAUAGGUUCUCUUUUCGUCACUUUUUCUCUUUAAACUUGUAUUUUCAGCUCCAAGAAUCUAAUGGCAACCAAAUUCCCGUGUUCAGCUUGUAACAGCCCGAGUUGGGCAUACCCGGUCUAAAUAACCGGUCGGGUAUUUGGAGGCCCGACUAGGGUUUUAUCCAAAAUGGCGCGCAACACAUGGUCAAUGAGGGACAAAUACCCGACCUCGAGGUAAAAUACCUGAUUGGGUAUUAGAGCUCCACGACCAGGGGGUCUCCUAGACGUUUUACCCGACUUUCUAUGAUUAUACCCAAUCGGGUAUUUGGAUGGCCUGACCGAGUAAUCUGUCUUCCAGCUCCACUUCUCGCCCACUCUCCACUUUGGACCCGAAACUAGCUCCCAAGCCUCCAUUUCCGCUCCAGGUGCUGAAAUACGACACAAAAGCACAACCAAGUGUGAAAUCGGCUUAAUACAUGAGAAUUGAAACUUAAACAGUGCAAGAAUGGUGGGCAAAACAUGUUAAAAUAUCUAGUUAUUAGUUCCCAACAAGUAGUUAUGGAUAGAGAAUGGAACAUUGAUGAGGUUGUGAGGAAGGAAGAAGAGCGUGAUGAAGAAGAGCUUCGUACUCAACACAGGGAAGAUUUUUCAGAAGAUAGAGGGGAGGUUGAAGAUGAAAUUGGAGUCCAAUCAAUGGACAAGGUUGAGAUGCAUGAAGCUUCAACAAGUCACCCGUGCUACCAAAGCUUUCAACUCAACCUUGAUGCACUUUUUGAGAAGGACCCUUUUGCAGUCUCUUUUCGCCAAACCGAGGCCACACCAUCACUAGUCACUCUUCGUGGAUUCAAUGAUGGUCAAUCAAGGUUGCAUUACAUGGUAAGGGUAAAAGAGAAGAAUGAAGAAAGACAAAGAGGUCUCUUGGGUGGAGAGUGGAGACUAACAUUUCACCAAGUCCACGGGUCAUCCACAACAUUUGAAGCAUCCAAAGCUCAAUUACACAACUUCACCAAAGAGAACCUCAAAUUCAAAGAGGUCUUAAUUUGGACCUAAUACUUGAAUAUACUCAUCCGACGACAAGACGUAAAAUACGCACUUGUUGGGAGGUACCCCAACAACCAGUUUGCAUUUCCUUUACCUUAUUCAAUAAUAAAACUUGCAUGUUUGAUUUUUGAUUUAGGUAGUUCUUAUAGUAUUAGCUAGUGAAUGAAUCCCUUCUAUGUCAAUAAUUGCAUGAAUGAUUGUUUGAAGACUAACUAGUUGCUUAAGAAAUGAUUAAAAGUGUUGUUGCUAAGCAUGUUGUGCUAGCCUACCAAGUAAGCUACUUAGGGUUAGAGAAUGGGAUGGCUAGUGCAAUAGGAUCAUAGAAUGUAUGCUUAUGAAUUUGUAUGCGUGUUUGGAGGCAUUGGUGGGCUUGAUCUUUAUGAAUUUGUGGAGUUUGAAUGUCGCCCACUAAGUGCUCGAUGAAAUGCCCAAACCACAUAAAACUUGUUUUCUUGAUCCAAUGUUUUUCAAUUGAAAUUAUUGGACUAAGAUAGACCCUUAGAGUAUGUUUAUGACAUAAUAUUGAAUCCUUGAUGCAUGAACCUUGAGUUUGCAACUUCAGCUUACCUUUGAUUUUGUGCUUCGAUAUGCUGUUGGAGCCAUUAGUUCAAACUUUGGUUGUUAUCUAAUGAGUUGAUUCUAGCCUUCAGACAAGGUACAUAAACCUCUAGAAAUAUACGAUACGCUUGAUAUCAUGCAUUUAGGUCUCAACCCUAAUCAUUAUAACAUGCAUUUUUGCCUAUGCACCUCUUGUUUCUACAUUGUAACACUUAAGUGUGGGGGUGUGUAGAGUGAACCUAAGGAUGAGUUUUGUAGUUCAAUUAAUCAAGUGAAUUACCUAAUGGUUUGUUAGAACAUGUUUUGUGAUUUUUAUCUUUGUUAGCAAUCCAACCAAGCGUAAGAGGUUCAUUCCUCUUAGCCCUCAACAACGAAGCAACCGGAAUCGCCAGUGAUAAGAAGAACCACAAGUCCCAAGAGGAGAACCAUGACCUCAAAUUGAGGAGCAACCACAACAACUACAACAAAGUAACCAAAGGAGGCCAUUGUGGACUAUGAUGAGUCCUCUUCAUAAGAAAGAGCCUUCGAAGUGAAACUACAAUAUGCUCCAACCGUACAUCAAGACAACUUGGCAUUUGAGGGCUAAUUUUUAUCUUUAUUUAUAUUUUUAAAUGCUUAGUAUAAGUAGUAAAUGAAAUGUUUUUGGUAGAUAGUAUAUAUAUUUUGUGUUUGGAUAAGCCUUUCUUCCUCUCUUGUGUUUGUGCUUGAAUGUCGAAUCUGUAGAUCAAUAAAGACUUGCACAUUGAGUUCCAUUUUUCCCUCGACUACAUCAACCCCCAAUGGUAAUGAUUCGAAAACCUAACCUAGAACUCUCACAUUGAGGAUAAUGUGUCUCUCAAGUGUGGGUGUGUCAUUCGUGAAUGUUUGCCAGGUCGAUUGAUAACUUCCCUUAAUGAUGAAUGUAAGACGUUUGUGAUUGCAUGUGUGAAUGUGGUUGAUUGACUGAAUGGUUUGAUGUAAUUGUAUGCCCGGUUUUUUUCAAAUUUGAGGGUUCCAAGUAAGCCCUUUACCAUGUUGCGUGAACACUUGCUAUGAAUCUUCGAAUCUUUGUCUCAUUUUCUCGACCAAUGUUAAGGUCUAUAGUGCAUGCUUUGCUUGGGGAGAUAGAUUCGUGCAUGAUUCUUCGAUGUAUCAGAGUGUGCAUGUUUGAAAAAUGACCGUGGGACAUAUUUGCAUUUUGAGAAAACCCUUAUUCUCCAAGCUAGGCCAUUAGAAAGGUGCUCGGUUUAGUGCUUUCUCGCAUACAAAGAGAGAGAGAGAGAGAGAGAGAGAGAGAGAGAGAGAGAGAGAAAAAAGAAACAAAGAGAGAGAAUAAAGUGGGGUGUAACAUCUAAUGCAAUAUGUUGUGGCAACCCGUCCUAGAGUAAUGAGAGUGCAUUUCAUGACAAUGCACAUGGAAGAUCGAAUAACUUUGCCGUAUCCAUUUUCAUCUUUUCACUACUUCCAUUCUUCCAUGUACGUCCCCUCAUGGGCCGAGGUCUAGGUAGGAGAAUCCAUCCCUACUUUCCCGGCUAACAAGCACAAAAUAAUAAGUGCCUAAGUGCACAUGCUCAUCUAAAGAUUAAUGGCUACUCGAAUAAAAACCCCCAAAGUGAGACUCUAGAUAGGAAUAAAAGGUUGUCGAGAAAGUGAAGAAAAGGACUGUGUGAACAUCGAUCCUUUCACCUACCUUUGAGAGUUCUGUUUUUCUCCUUGCGUUUGUCUCCUUUCAUUUCAGGACAUGCUUUCUAGGAUUUUUCAAAUCGAACCAAGCAACGGUGGAGGUAACCAAGCGAAGCUAGUCAAUAGAAUCCCAACUUCGACAAAAUACUUCAGGGGAAGAGACAUAAGAGGCUUCAAGUUGCCUAAUUUGAUAAUGUGUUUGCUUGGGGACAAGCAAACUCCUAAGUUUGGGGGGGGGGGGGGGUUGCCAUUGUUGCUUGUAUGCUCUGAUGGUGCGAGAAGAAAGCGCAAGGAAGGAGAAGGAAAAUCAUUUGGGAAGGAGGAGGGCAUUUGUUUGCUGUCGUCUAGUGUAAUGAAGUGUCUAGAAGUUGGUAGGACUUCUUAGUCCCUGAUAUGGAAUUGGAUGGAUGCACCAUAGUAGGUGGGCUUAAUAAUUUCUAUUAUUGUGUGCUUUUUAUUGUAGGUUGAGCCUGCUAGUGGUAUUGGAUGCAAAAUUUUGUGAAUCUUUUAUUAUAAUUGAAAAACAAUUGAACGCGUUGUUUGGUAGAAGGUAAUUAUUAAUACUUUUAUUAUAUAUUAUAUACUAAUUAGGUUAUAAAAAUAAUUUAAAUUAAUAAAAUAAUGGCGCUCUAUUCACGCUCUCAAUAUUGAAUUCUUCUAAAACUAGCACUCUCUCGCUCUCGCUCCACGAAUUGGUUACCUAAGUUUAAACCCCUAAACCCUAGAUCUAGAUUCUGAAUGUAGAUGUAAUUAUGUUAGGGUUUGUGAAUGGAUAUGUUUGUUUUAGUGAAUAUUGCUUCAUUUGUGCUUAAUUAUGCUUGGUAAGUCACCCAACUCUUCCCUACUAUCCUACAACUAAGUUAACACUAGGUGAAUCGUCGUUGCCCACUACGCAUGAGGCUCCUCGAUAGCGUCCCAUUUCUUCAGCUAGAAAUCGCGGGAAAGUUAAAGAAAGGGGAUUUGGGAAUUGAGGGGAAAACCUCUGCGGGAAUUGCUGCGAGUCAAAAGAUUAUGAUCUCUCAGAUUGGGAAUUCGUUGAAGGGGUCGUUUGGACGGGGGAUUGUAGCGUCCCGGAUUUCAUUACAAUCUUGUGUUUGCCGAUGUAAAAAAAAGAGGGAUUUUUUCCAUAAAGAAAUUCGAAAUCUUGCAUUUGCGCUAUUUUAAAAUAGGGUUAUAGGUAUAAGAUGCCUCUCUACUAUAUUGUUUUUAUCAAACAUGACCCUCUACUAUUUUUUACAUCAAACUUGCCCCUAUAUUUUGGAAAAAUUAUCAAACAUGUCCUUAUGUUUAAUUUUCACUAAAUAAUGGUCAACCACGAUUGAAAAAUUAUCAAACAUGCCUUAUCAAACAUGCCCUAUAUUUUGAAAAAAUUAUCAAACAUGCCCUUAUCAAACAUGCCCUUAUUUCUCUAGGUCUUGUUAAAAGAGAAAUUAUUAGAUGUAUUUGGUUAUACAAAAGAAACAAAACAAUUCUAAAGUGAAAUUCUUAGAAAUAUUUUAGACAUUUUUGUCCUUCAAAUUAAGGUCCAACCAUGGUUGACGGGUGUUUAAAAUAAAUUUUAAUAUAAAAACAUGUUUGAUGUAAACAAUAAUAGAGAGACAUGUUUAAUAAAAACUAUAUAGUAGACCUAUCUAUCUAUCUAUCUAUAAAAAAUAUGAAAGGGUUACUCCAAGAAUGCUUCCCCGCAAAGUUCCGUACAAUAUCAAUUUUUUUUUAUCUUUUGUAUUUCAUAGCAACUGCUUCAUCUUUCCUUUUAAAUGGCGACAAUUUUUUUCCACGAUUUCUUUUUUGUUUUGGGUAUUGAUACCAUGGAACAGAAGUACAAUGAUUAAUUUUUCUUCUUCUUUUCUCUGAUAUCUCGCAUAUCACAAGGGAAUCUUCCAAUCCCGACUUCGAUCCCUCCCUCUCCUACCUUAUCCUCCAGCCGCUCCGGCAACUCCAAAAAUCUUCCGCUGCUAAUCAUACUUCUUGAAUUCAAUUGUAAUUAGGCUUCUUCUCCAACGACGACGGUUGGAUCUCUGAUCGCUCUUCAGUCUCAAAGCGCAUGCACCGUUUCUUCAGCCAGAUGGGACUCUCUCCGAGGAGGAGUCUUCUUUCUUAUCCCGUUGCCAACCUGCAAGUUUGUAGAUUUGAACUUUCCUUCCUCAGUCUACGCCGAUUAUUUCCCGCCCAACCGCUUUGCCUUCAAGGAAUGUUGCUGGGGUUUGUUGCUCUUUGUUCUUUUGUUUUAGGUUUCUCUACACUGGAACAACACCAAUGGCUUAUGAAUGUGUUUAUUUAAUAUAGUUGAUGAAUUAAAAUGUAAUUUGGAAAUGGGAAUUUGACAUCACGUUCUAUAUAUUUGUGACAUAUAUGGUUUAAAGAAAGCUUCUUAAACCAUUUUUUAAUUCAAAUUUUCAAUGCUUAAUAUGUUUUGCUAUAAAUUAUUUUGAUGUAUUAUUAAUUAAUAGUUACACAUCAUGAUUUUUAUUGUAUAGAUAUUAUAUUAUAGAUUGAUUGACUCAUAUAAAAUGUAAUAGUUUUGGCCUAUGCAUGAUAUGUUUGCUGAAGUGAGUAUGAUAUCAGCAUUUCCUCCAUGAUUUAGGUUGCUAAGUUUAUGGGGACUUUUUACUAAUUUUAGCUAAAAUAUCGUUAUAAUCAAUAUCAAAAUAAUAAUAAAAAUGAUAUUCCAUAUAUAUUUAUAAAUUACUUUGAAAAAGAUUUAAAAUACUACCUGCCCAAAGGGCAGGGUUGAAGGCUUGAAGCUAGUAACAGUUUAAGUCACUUUUUGUCCGCUUAUCCCUAAAAUAUCCCCGCCAUUUUAUUGUCAAUUUUUUUUGCUCCAGCCACAUUGUGAACGUCCUCCUGUCUACUUCGCUCUCUCCAACACAACUGAAGCGACGGACGACCAAGAACCGCAGUCCAACUCUUCAACCGACGAACGGCCAGGUAAGAGGGAAGAGGGAGGACGAGCCCAGCCCCGCGACGGUCGCCUGCAAGGACAUCGGCGAGAGAGUUCCAGGUUAGUUUGCUUGUCUUGUGAUGGGGAUUAAUGGGUUUUAGCUUUCUAAUUUUCGGGAUGGUUAUGGCCUGAUUACUAGGGUUUUGGGGCUUGCGUUCUUUCUCUAUGAGGUUGCAGAAUUAUGGCUUUAGGAAUUUCGUAGGCUGCGGGUUUGGGAUUUUGCUUCCGAUGAGUUGCCUGUGUGUGUGAAUUUUUGGUUUUCCCUUGGUUCUGAUGAGUGCCAUGUGUAUGUGAAUGUGAAUGGAUGGAAUAUGUUAUCUGGUCUUUGCUUCACGUUUUGGUGUGCUUUGUGUAAUGGAUUUUUGGGUUUUUAUUCUUGUUUGUGGUUGCUAUCAAGGCUGGUUAGAUAGGUACCUGAUUAGAUUAACAUUAUGCAAAUGUUUGAUAACUUGUAUGUAUUGUAUACAAUGGUUGCUUUCAAGGCUCGUUAGAUUAAUAAAAUUGAAGCUUUAUG